AUGUUGUUAUUUGUUUUACUCCUUCCAAUUGUCCAGAUCCUCUGUGGGCUUGAAGUAGUUGUUGCCUCACCGGCAAAUCGCUUCAAGCUGGCAGAGCGGCUUUCUGUCAUCCCUGAUGGAUGGACUAGACGAGCUCGUGCCAAUCCAUCUAGCACUGUCCAUCUCAAGGUUUCAGUGCGCGCCAAAGAUCCCAACUUGCUCCACCGCAGUCUUCUUGAAAUAUCCACUCCCAACCACCCUCGUUAUGGCCAGCAUAUGAAACAACAUGAAGUCCGAGACAUUGUUGCCCCUCAUCCGGAAGCGUCAGAUGGUAUAAUGGCAUGGCUUCAUGAAGGGGGAAUUAAACCCGAAAAUGUUGAAAAUAGGGGAGAUUGGAUUGACUUCUCCACCAAUGUUGACACAGCUGAACGUCUUUUGAACACGCGAUUCUAUCACUUCGAAGACAAAUCCGGGAAGGUUGGCAAGAUUCGAGCCCUGGAAUAUUCGCUGCCAUCUAGCUUAUCGAAGCACGUACGCACCGUGCAACCAACCACUUUUUUUGGAAGCAUGGAGCGGCAUCGCAGCCACAUUCUCAGACCCGUACGCCCGGCGUCUGAAUCCGUCGCUGCCAACACACCGUCCAGCCUCCGAGAACUAUACAACAUGCAAGAUUUCCAAGUUACAAAUAAGAGUCGGAAUUUGCUUGGUGUCUCCGGUUAUCUCGAACAAUACGCCCGGUACAGCGAUCUCAACGCGUUUAUCGAACGUUAUGUUCCCGACGCAAAUGGUGCGACUUUCUCCGUUGAGCUCUACCAUGGUGGAAAGAAUGAUCAGGAUUCUCGACUGGAUUCUGUAGAAGCUAGUCUUGAUAUUCAGUACACCGUCGGCCUAACGUACAACACAAGCGUCACCUAUUAUUCCGGCGGAGGUCGGGGCCCGUUGGUUCCAGACAUUGAUCAGCCAGACCCAAAUGACAACCAGAACGAGCCCUACAUGGAGCAGUUGAAGUUCUUUGCAAAUCUUUCCGACAGCAGGUUGCCCACCGUUCUCUCAACUUCAUACGGUGAAAAUGAGCAGAGCGUGCCAGCGGAAUACGCAAAGGCGGUUUGUGAUGAAUUCGCAAAGCUCGGUGCCCGAGGAGUGUCUGUCAUAUUCAGCAGUGGAGAUAGUGGCGUGGGAUCUGGAUGUUUGACUAACGAUGGGCAGAACCGGACACGCUUCAAUCCAAUUUUCCCUGCUGCGUGCCCAUAUGUUACAUCUGUUGGUGGCACCGAAAACACAAACCCAGAAAGCGCGGUGUAUUUCUCAUCUGGUGGAUUUUCUGAAAUAUUCCCACGUCCCUCGUACCAGAACGGGAGUGUCGACGCGUUCUUGAACCAGCUCGGCGACAAAUGGGCCGAAUAUUUCAACAGAAACGGCCGUGGUUUCCCUGACGUAGCUGCUCAGGGCGUCGACUACGCAGUGUACGAUCACGGACAAGUACAAUAUGUGGGUGGAACAAGUGCGUCUGCUCCUUUAAUCGCGUCCGUCAUUUCCAAUUUGAACGAAGUCCGUUUGUCUCAAGGGAAACCGGUCCUUGGGUUCCUUAACCCUUGGCUGUACAGCAAGGGACACCAGGGCUUCACCGAUAUUGUCGACGGUGCUGGUACGGGCUGCACCGGCACGAAUGGCGGACCGCGUAUCCCUGGGGCAGCCUGGGAUGCUGUUGAGGGAUGGGACCCAGUGACUGGAUUUGGAACACCGGACUUCAAGAAACUGAUGGAUUUACUUCCUUGA